CAUCCGUACAAAAUCUAAAGAAUCUCAAGCACUGAGCUAUCGUAAUCAAUCCUAUGAUUUAUAUGGAAUCCUGAAAAAAAAUCUUAUGAGAAAUUAAAAUACACUCGUUUUCUACAUUUUCUUAUGCUGAUUUUAUAGAAUUUUCCUUUCCAGUGUGAAAUGAAAAAUUUUUACUAUGCCUAGAGACGCUCGUCAUUCUUGGGUCUUGUUUGGCCGCCAUGUCUGAAGUUCGUUGUGUCUUCGGAGGUCGUGUUGUGCUACUCUUUAAUGUUUAUAGAUUUCAGUGAAUUUAGUUAUUUUAAGACGAUGAAUUUAUAAAAAUAUUAAAGUACUAUGAUUUAGUUUAUUGUGUGGAGUGACUGAUAGACUGGAGCAAAUCGAUACAUUUGCGUUUGAAGAAGUUACUCUAACAUCGUAUUUUUAGUUCAUCCGCCAUAUUGGCGUUAAUAUCUCUUCAUUUGAAGAAACUGCUGUCAAGCAGCUGAGAGCCUUUGGUGCUUCUAUAUUUAUAUUUCCUACCCUGCAAUCAGAUGCAAGGUAGGAUUUUUAUUUGUCUAUGAAUGGGAUGACCUGCUUCUAGGUGCAAUAGCACCAACAUAUUUUAUUAUGAUAGAAUGGUUUAGUGUUAUAAGAGGGUUUAGCUGAUGCCUCUUAGUCAGAGAUUGGAUGAGCCUCUUGUUACAAUUGAGGUAGAUUGCUGACUCCAGCACAAUGCAGCAGGCAGUCGAUCCUCUCGCUACUACCAGCACGCCGACGGCGGAGCCGGUCAAUGGCGCUCCCCCCGAUGAGCCGGCGCGGCGGCAGGGCCGGAUGACAAAUCAGCUACAAUUUCUCCAAAAGAAUGUAAUGAAGGCAGUAUGGAAACAUCAGUUUGCGUGGCCUUUUCACCAACCUGUAGAUGCAAAAAAAUUAAACCUCCCUGACUACCAUAAGAUAAUUAAGAAGCCCAUGGACUUAGGAACAAUAAAGAAAAGGCUUGAGUCCAACUAUUACUAUUCAGCUCAGGAAUGUAUUCAAGAUUUCAACACCAUGUUCACCAACUGCUAUGUUUACAAUAAACCAGGCGAGGAUGUAGUAGUUAUGGCACAAACUUUGGAGAAAUUAUUUCUGAAUCGGAUAGCUCAGAUGGACAAGGAGGAAAAGGAAAUCGAGGCGCCGUCGAAAGGUGGCAAGGGUGGGGUCAAGAAGCGCGGGACGAGCACGCCGGGCGCCGCAGCAGUUGGGGCAGCCGGCGGCGCCACGCCCGCCGCCGCCGCCGCGCCGCGCGCGCCCAAGCCCGCGCCGCCCGCGCCGCACCCCGCGCUCGUGGGCUCCACCAACACCACCACCACGCCCGCGCUGCCCGCGCCGCCCGCCACGCCGCCCGCCACGCACACCGGACUGCCGCAGCAGGUGGCGACGCAGCCGUCCAGCUUCCACGUGGCCCAGCCGGCGGCCCCGCCAGUCUCGACGAUACCAGCGGUAGCAUUAUCCCAAACGCAGCCGGCCAAGGUGAAAAAGGGUGUGAAGAGAAAAGCCGAUACUACGACGCCUAUGGGAAGCUCUUUUGAAGGGGGCUAUACAACACCUACCAUAGAUCAGCAGAGUGGUCCCAAACCUGCUAAAAUCUCCACAAGGAGAGAAAGUGGUCGACAGAAGAAGGCGAGCCGGACAGGGGAUGAUGGAUUUAAAAUGGGAGGUUUAUCUCCUAGCGGUGCUGGCGCUUCGCACCACUCUGUCAUGACUCCUCAGCUUGCUAAGAGUAAAGAGAAACUCUCUGAUGCUCUUAAGAGUUGUAAUGAAAUUCUAAAAGAACUUUUCUCUAAAAAACAUUCAGGUUAUGCCUGGCCGUUUUAUAAACCUGUAGAUGCUGAUUUGCUUGGACUUCAUGAUUAUUUUGAUAUUAUUAAGAAACCCAUGGACCUUGGAACCGUGAAACAAAAGAUGGACAAUAGAGCAUAUAAAACAGCCGCUGAAUUUGCCGCCGACGUACGUCUAAUAUUCACGAAUUGUUAUAAAUAUAACCCGCCGGACCAUGAUGUCGUUGCAAUGGCUCGAAAACUUCAGGAUGUCUUUGAGAUGAGAUAUGCCAAGAUUCCUGACGAACCCGUACACGUAGGCGUCCCGCAUAUGGAUAAGGGCAGCUCUGCAUCAAGUUCGGAGUCUGGCUCCGAGUCUGAUUCUGAAUCUGAUGAUUCAGAAGAAGAAAGAAAUAACAAAGUUAAGCUGUUAGAAAAAGAAUUACUUGCACUACAAGAAAAAAUGAGAAAACUAGUAGAAGAAUCCAAUAACAAAAAGAAAGCUAAGAAAAAAAUGAAGGAUAAGCAGAAGAAACAAAUAACGAACAAUGCGGUGCCUAAGCCCAAUGCAGCUGCUGCUUACGCGGCGAAAGCAAAUAAUAUUGCUGAGAAUUUAGCGGCGCCGAGCAGCGUGCGCGGCAAGCCGGGCAGCAAGCGCGGCGGCGCGGGCGGCGCGGCCGGCAAGGCGGGCGCCCGCGCCGCGCCCGGCAAGAAGAAGAGCUCCACGCCCACCGCCGCGCCGCCGCCGCACCCGCCGCCGCACCCCGACACCGACGACGAGGACCACGCCAAGCCCAUGUCCUACGACGAGAAGCGGCAGCUCUCGCUCGACAUCAACAAGCUGCCUGGUGAUAAACUCGGUAAAGUAGUGCACAUCAUUCAAAGUAGAGAACCUUCUUUACGAGACUCCAACCCGGACGAAAUCGAAAUAGAUUUUGAAACCCUCAAACCUUCAACGCUGCGUGAACUAGAGAACUACGUCGCAUCAUGUCUUCGAAAAAAGACACAUCGAAAAGUGUCUGGUAAAUCUAAGGAUGAACAAAUAGCUGAAAAGAAACAAGAAUUAGAAAAGAGGCUGCAGGAUGUAUCUGGGCAACUAGGAACAAAUAAAAAGCAGCAACAGAAAAAAGAGGGUUGUAAAGAGGCGCUGGGCGGCGGCAUGUCGUCGUCGUCGAGUUCGUCCGACUCGUCCAACUCGUCGUCCAGUACCGACACCAGCUCGUCCGACAGCAGUGACAGCGAAGCAGGUACAGGUCCUAGCAGGACGCCUAAAAAGAAAGCGAAGAAGCAGCAUCAACACCCACCGCAAGCGCAGAAACCCGUUCCAACUGUGACGGUCGCUACACCAGUGGCCCCUCCAGUGGCAGUGCCGGCCGCCGUGGAGCUGGCGCCUCCCGCGCCGGCCGACGUGAAGCCGGUGCCGGGCCCGGAGGCGGUGGCCGUGCAGCCCGACCACAAGGAGGCCGCCGCGCCGCCUGCGCCCGCGCUCGCACCGCCUGCGCCCGCGCCCCCGCAGCCGCCCAACAUCAUCCCUGACUCUUCCAUCGCACCCAUUGUUCGAGAAGUUGAGGACCAUAAGCCCAUUCCUAAAAUUGAACCACGGAAUGGGCUGGAUAAAGUUGAUCCCUCUCAAUACAUUGACCCUAUUGAACGGUCCUUGGCUAGUCUGGAGCGAAGUCUUAAAGCAGAUGUGCCAAUGGACGUUAGCGUUGGAGUUUCGGAGUCGUCGAUGCGUCUAGAAGAAGAAUUUUCCCUACCGAAGCCACAGAUGAUGCCAGAUUCUGCUCACCAAAACCUGAUGGCACAGCUUGGAGGCUUGACAGAGGUGGCUCGUGUGCCUGAACAGAUUAAAACUGAAAUGUACCUGCAGCCCCACAAUGGAUAUGUGGAAAAAAUGCAGCUUGAACGCGAGCAUCUGCGACCCGAUGUGAAUCCUAUUAUCCAGGGCAUGACCGUGCCACCAGUUUCGUCUAUAUUUGAUCCAAUACCAUCAGCGCCACACAGUGUCAUUUCUCAGUCUCAUCACAACAUCCCAAAUGCACCGUGUUUAAUCACACCUGCUGCGAAAAAAGAAGAUAUAAAACCUUUGCUCACACCUAAACCAAUUGAAGACCUAAUGGGAGUUCCCAACAUGGUUUCUAACAAUAUGUCAGACCGAGCUAAAUACGAGAUGGAAAAAAAGAUGGAAGAUUCAAAAAAUACUAACUUUGCACAAGCCUUCAAACUCAAACAAGAACAAAAUUUAAAAAAUGCCAGCUCGUGGUCAUCUCUGGCACAGGCUGGAAGUCCACAGAGUAUACCAAACAUGGGAACCAAUCACCAAAUAAAACAAAAACCUGUUAUGGAUAGUUUUCAGGCGUUUAAGAAGCAAGCUAAAGAGAAGAUAGACCGCCAGAGAGCUCUUAUAGAACAGCAAGAGUUGCGAAAGAAGGAACAGGCCGAGAGAGAAAGACAACGUCAAGAAACAGAGAGGCGACAACCCGACGAAGAAAAAAUGAGAGUGGGCGCGGGUCCGCGUAAGGUGGAGAGCGCGGAGGUGGCGUCGCCGCGCGUGUCGCCGGUGGCGCGAGCGUCGCCGCCCGCCGCCGCGGCCGCCGCCGCCGCCGCCGCGCCCGACAAGCCCGCCGCCUCCGAGCGCGAGCGGCUGCGUCAGCGCGAGCAGGAGCGCCGCCGUCGAGAAGCCAUGGCUGGUCAAAUCGAUAUGAACAUGCAGAGCGAUUUGAUGGCGGCUUUUGAGGAAUCACUGUAAUGUGUUUAAACAGGACACUAAUAAAAUUGUACAUAUGAGUAUAUAAAUAUUAAUUUUACGUCAAUGCAAUCGAUAAUUAUGGUGAUAGUAUGACACCGAAGUGAGUUUGUGAUCGUUUAGUGCGUGAAACAGUUGACUAACAUGUGGUUAAGUGCUGUGAAUAGGUAUACUUAAACUGUUGUAACGUCAUUAUUGAUUUCGUGGUCACAUAUUAUGGGCCUUUACUAGAGGGUUGCAUUUUAAUUAAAAUUAACUUGUAUUAUAAGUUUGUAUGUAAGGUCUUAAAGGUAAACAACUCUCUUUACAUUCGUAAGUCUAUAUUUAUAUUUCGUUUUAGAGGCGUCUCCUUCCUUCCAUAAUUGUUUUAUAGUGUCUACUAAUGACGAUAGAUUGGUAGAUUGAAAUUGGAAAAUCAACAUGUUUUAUGUAAUUGAUGAAUAAACAAUCAAAUGAACUAUGAAAUCUGUUACACGAUUUCACACCAUUUCUCAUUGCAUCGCUGUAUUGUGAACGUUUCGAUAAACAAGUCAUUGCAGACACUUAGAAAAGUAACUGAAACAAAGUAUAUUAUGCCAUAAUAUUAGAAUGUCGCUUUUAAUUCAACAUGCAAUGGGUAGCGGCGUGACUUGAUAUUUAUUACUAAAUAGAAUUUCUGUUACGUAUUCGAUUUUCGAUAAAUAUUGCUUAAUGUUAGUAGAUUUUUUAUCAGUCUGUCAUGGAAAACAGAUCAAAUGUCAUACAUUUGAUUUGAAAUAUAUUUAUUUUACAUUGGAAUAUGUCUUUUUGUGUUUGUAGAUAGAUAACUCCAGUGCAAAUGUAGUAAAUUUAAAAGAAUUUUGCAUACAUACUCAUAAACAUUGAGAGGAUAAAUAAUAAUACCAAUAACAAAAAUCUCCACAAAAACAUUGUAUAUUGUUAUAUAAGAAAUUUUUUAAUUUCAGUCAUUUACUCUCAAACUCUAAAUCAAAUGUAGAUAUGAAGUAAAAUAUAUUGACAUUCCAUAUUGUAUAUAUGUUGUUUAAAUUGUUAUUUAUAUUUUAUUUUCGCCAGUUUGUGCUACAUUUUGACAUGGCAUAACAAAGGUAAUGUGCCUCUGAAUGUCUCAUAAGCUUAUAUGAAAUUAAGCUCCGCAAUGUUUUAUGAACAUAAUCAAAAAGUGUUUAUGUACAAUAUGUAAACACACCUCUUAAAGCCAGUUUAUAUAGUUAGUUACAAUAUUUAUAGUUCUUUUUAAAUAUGAGAUAGUAAUUCUAUUCUAGUGUCCUAUUUUGGAAGCAAUAAAAUCAUUUUUUUUUA